CACUGCAUUGUUAAGUUUUGUUAUUUUUCUGAUUUUGACUUGUUGAUGGUGCUUUCCUGGGAAUGAGUGUGUCAAUAUGUAAUUGAGAUACUUGUGCUCUUCAAUUGGAUUCGGCUCUGAUUGAUGCUGGAAAAAGAGUUUUCAGUUGAAAUCCCGGAUGAGAAAACUGAUAAGCUUGUUUGCUCUGCCAAUGUUGCAAAAUACAUAGCCUCAUCUAAAGCUGACCAGAAAAUUGUUGAAAGCCCUGAAAUUUCACUGUGUUAUUUUCUUGGGGAUGUGGCAUUCUAAGUUAUAUGAACCUGUGUUAAGUAUGUUUAGUAGUAUAUAUGACUUGAUGUUAGUUUCCUUAAUAGUGUACUUUAUAUGGGAAUGCCUUAAUUAGUCUGAAGAAUACCAAAUAAUUUGCUCUUAACCAAUAUUGAUCACUUGCGUUAGUUUACUUUGUGAUGAUUAUGAUUUGUGAUGAGGAGCGUACAUGUGCAUUUUGAUUUUUUUUAAUUAUAAACUUUGAUGUUUGAAGUUGUUUGUAAAAUUUUAAUGGUAAAUUAUAGAUAAUUUAUUAUGUGACAUUUUGAAUUUUAUUAGCUUACAAUUCAUUGAAUUUAAAUAUUUGAAAUUAUAUAAAAUUUUCAAUAAUUUUAUUUUAUAUUUAAUUAAACUGGUUGAAUUUCGAUUGAACCUCGGUUGAACUAUUAAACCAUUGAACCAGUCACUUUAUUGGUUUAUUGACCGGUUCGGUUUGCGUAACCAUAGUUUUGAUCAAUUUUAUGAAAACUAGACAGGACAGGCCGGUCGAACUGGUCCAACUGCGAACUGGCAGCAUUAACGGUCCGGCCAGCCAUGUAAAACUGUGAUAAAAAAUCGGUGGAGAGCUGCUGAACCGACCUAGAGCUGGCUGGUUGGACCGGACCGGCAACCUGCCGGUUUGAAGGAAAUGGCGCCGUGUUGAAGUUUAAUGGGGGAAGAAAAAUGUGAACCUUAUCUUCUCCUUCUCUUCAGUUCAGACUUAAGAGUGUUGCCACCGAAACCCUAGUUUCUCCACCACCUACUACUCAUGGUUAGGCUCCCUCAUCUCAUGCCACUCUUGGCUCCUCUGUAUGUGUUCACUUCUCAAAUUGGUGUCCAUUUCCAAACUCAACCUCGUCUCGUUUCCAAGGUUCUUUCAUUGCAGAGAUGGCUUCACCAUGCACAUGCAACUCCCAUACACUUCCACAAGAGCAACAAACUUGGCACUUCCACUUCCGGUUUUGAUUUCGAUUUCGACAUUCUAAUCCGAGUUUGCAGGGACAUCAACAUCGCUAAGAGGCUUCACACUCUUCUUGUUGUGUUGGGAAAAGCUCAAGAUGUUGUUUUGUCAACAAAGCUGGUUAAUUUGUAUGCAUCUCUUGGGGACAUCACAUUCUCUCGCUCCACCUUCAACCAGCUUCAGAGAAAGAAUAUCUUUGCCUGGAAUUCAAUGGUGGCUGCUUAUGUUCGCAGCUGCCGGCGCCAUGAGGCAUUGAGCUGUUUCAAUGAAUUCUUGUUAGUAUCUGGUUUAAGGCCUGAUUUUUAUACCUUUCCACCUGUGUUGAAGGCUUGUGUGAAUCUAAUUGAUGGCAAGAAGAUACAUUGCUAUGUUGUGAAGUUGGGUUUUGAACGGGAUGUAUUUGUGGCUGCCUCAUUGAUCAACUUGUAUUCGCGGUUUGGUGCUUUGGAUGUUGCAUAUGAGCUGUUUGAUGAAAUGCCUGAUCGAGAUGUGGGUAUGUGGAAUGCAAUGAUUUCUGCGUUUUGUCAGAAUGGGAACGCUGACGAGGCAUUGCAUGUCUUGAAUAGGAUGAGAAGUGAGGGGCUGAAGAUGGAUCCUGUUACUGUGUCGAGCGUACUUCCUGUUUGUGUGCAGUCGGGUGAUAUUGUUAGCGGUAUGUUGAUUCACUUGUAUGUGAUAAAGCAUGGUUUGGAGAUGGACGUGUUUGUAUCAAAUGCUUUGAUCAAUGUGUAUUCAAAGUUUGGAAGGCUUGGGGAUGUGCAGAGGGUUUUUGAUCACAUGGAAGUUAGGGAUCUGGUAUCUUGGAAUUCUAUAAUUGCUGCAUACGAGCAGAAUGAUGAUCCAACUAGUGCACUCAGGUUGUUUAAAGAGAUGCAGUUUGUUGGAAUUCAGCCUGACUUGUUGACAAUUGUGAGUUUGGCUUCAAUCUUUGGUAAGUUAAGUGAUCGAAGGAUAAGCAGUUCAAUUCAUGGAUUCAUUAUUAGGCAUGAAUGGCUUGAAAAGGAUGUUGUGAUUGGAAAUGCACUUGUGAAUAUGUAUGCAAAAUUGGGAGCUAUGGAUUGUGCUUGCACGGUUUUUGAACAACUUCCUGUUAAAGAUAUAAUAUCAUGGAACACUUUGAUCACAGGUUACACGCAGAAUGGUCUUGCAAGUGAGGCAAUUGAUGCUUUCAACAUGAUGGAAGAGUGUACAAAGAUAAUCCCCACCCAAGGGACAUGGGUGAGCAUUCUCCCAGCAUAUUCACAUGUUGGAGCUUUGCAACAAGGAAGGAAAAUUCAUGGAAGGUUAAUUAAGAACUGGCUCUACAAGGAUGUCUUUGUGGCUACCAGCCUAAUUGACAUGUACGGAAAAUGUGGGAGGUUAGUUGAUGGCAUGUCAUUAUUCAAUGAAAUUCCACGGGAAACUUCAGUUCCUUGGAAUGCCAUAAUAUCGUCUCUUGGGAUUCAUGGGGAUGGAGAAGUAGCACUCCAACUUUUUAAGGAUAUGCUAGCUGAAGGGGUAGAGCCAGAUCAUAUCACAUUCGUAUCUUUGUUGUCGGCAUGUAGUCAUUCUGGGUUAGUGAAUGAGGGUGAACGCUGUUUUGAUUUGAUGCAGAAAGAGUAUGGAAUCAAGCCAAAUUUGAGACAUUAUGGUUGCAUGGUUGAUUUGCUUGGAAGAGCUGGAUAUUUGGAGAAGGCGUAUAAUUUAGUGAGUAGCAUGUCGAUGCAGCCUGAUGCGUCGAUCUGGGGUGCUCUUCUAAGUGCUUGUAGAAUACAUGGAAAUGUAGAUUUGGGUACCUUUGCUUCAAGUCGUUUGUUGGAAGUUGAUUCUGAAAAUGUUGGCUAUUAUGUUUUGCUAUCAAAUAUGUAUGCAAAUGUUGGCAAAUGGGAAGGAGUGACUAAAGUAAGAUCAUUGGCCAGAGAUCGUGGUCUGAGGAAGAUUCCUGGAUGGAGUUCUGUUGUAGUGGGAAAUAUAGUUGAAGUCUUCUACACUGGGAACCAAACCCAUCCUAAAUGCACAGAGAUAUACGAGGAAUUAAGGGUUUUGGCGUCCAAAAUGAAGAGCCUCGGUUAUGUUCCGGACUACAGUUUUGUCCUGCAAGAUGUUGAGGAUGACGAGAAAGAGCAGAUUUUGAUGAGUCAUUGCGAGAGAUUGGCAAUGGCAUUUGGUAUUAUCAGCACCCCACCAAGAAGUCCCAUUAGGAUAUUCAAGAACUUGCGUGUCUGUGGUGAUUGCCAUAAUGCAGCUAAGUUCAUAUCCAAAAUUACUGAGAGGGACAUUAUUAUGAGGGAUUCAAAUCGCUUCCAUCACUUCAAACAUGGGAUUUGCUCAUGCAGUGAUUACUGGUAGUGUCGCUAAAGUUUGGGAGUUUGAGAAGGAUGUCCUUAAAUUAAGACCUUGUAUGACAAAGCAGGCUUUGGUUGCUCAUUGCAUUGUAAACUUGAUUUUUAUUGGUGACGAUCUACUUUGAUGUAAGAGUAUGGUCUUUUAGGAUUGAAAGAGAAUUGAAGCAGUGGUGAAGCCUAAUGAAGUCUUUUCUUUGCUCACACAGCAAGACAUCUGCAUGAUAGAGUUGCUCCAAAUCUACAAAAUUUGUUGGCUGCUACAAAUAGUGAUAACUCCAACAACCGAGAUGGCACUACGAGAAACACUUCACUUGGGAGAGGUGGCUUUGGUAGAGGAGCAUGCGACAGAGGCUGUGGUAAUUCUAGUAGAGGAGGUUACACCAAAAUCUGUUCCUUCUGCAACAAGGUCGGUCACUUGGUAGAUGUAUGCUACCAAAAGCAUGGGUUUCCUCCCCAUAUGAAGCAACAAUCCAAAGAAGUCAGCAUCAAUAAUAUGACUCCCAAAGAGAAAUGUGAUGAUAAAGGCAGCCUAACCUCAUCUCAGUUUGCAGAUAAUAACAACUCCAAAGUUUCAUUAUCACUAGAACAAAGGCAACUCUUAAUGUCCCUCCUUCAACAAGAUGACACACAGCUUCAAGGUGCCAAUCCAAUUGAAGAGUGGCAUGAGAUGAGGGAGUCUAAUCUUCACAACACCAGCAUCAAAAUAGAUCAAUAUACAAUAAAAAAAAAAUCCAAUUGACUUGCCUAUUACAGAUGAAUAUACAAUAAAGAACAAUCACAUAACCUUGGUGACAACUCAAAACACUAGAAUCAAAACAUAUCAAUAUAAAAUAAAUAGUCAAAAAUCCAAAUGAUAGAAAUUAUAAAUUAACAGUGCGGUUUGUCUCUUUCUUCUCAUAGUUGAUGCAAAGCAUUGCUUGCAGCCACUAUAGCCACUCCCAAUUCCCAAGGAGUCAAGAACUCACUAUACUCUACUGGUGUGUGGUUCUCUCUGUACCUUCUAACACCAGAAGCAAAAUAAAAGCUGGAAGAAGCUUUGGUUUGGGGAAAUGGCUUCUGGAUUGGUACUAUCACGUCCUGUUACUUUUGUAACUGGCAAUGCCGAAAAGCUUGAUGAAGUUCGUGCCAUCUUGGGCCAGUCCAUACCAUUUCAGUCCCUCAAACUUGAUUGUAAUACUUCACUCUUUCCCUCUAGUUCUUUUAAUUUAACCCUUUCUUCUGUUUGUUUUUUGUUUUGUUUUUGAGUUGCAAGGAGAGCCUGAAGAUAUCUCCAAAGAGAAGGCUCGUUUGGCUGCUCUUCAGGUUAAUGGACCUGUGUUGGUUGAAGAUACUUGCCUUUGUUUCAAUGCCAUGAAAGGUCUUCCAGGAUGGGCCUUACAUGUAAGUUCUAUUUCACAUUUUAUCAUCAUCUUGAGGUACUCUCCUUUUGGGUUCACGAAAAGUGUUGUUUAUUUUAUGUCUGUUCUAUAAGACUAGUACCUUGAUACUAUGAAAAUAAAAAAAUAAGGAAAAGGACAAUUUCUCAAAAUUGGUUGAUAAUAUGGUGGUAGAUCGACAAAUGAAAGCAGGGGGUCAUUCUAUAACAUUUUAGGAAUGGGUUCCCUUGUAUAUAAGGAUAGUUGCUGAAUAAGCACUGUGUCACAUUGUUCAUAUCAAAAUUUAAACCCACUUUUAUUUGUUGAUCAUAAAUCUGUGAUGGUAGUACUGUCUUGGUAGUGGAAAUCACUAUAUGCUACCAAUUUAUAUUUGAUUCACCAUUUGGGUAUGAUUCAUUUGUUCUAGUAAGAUUAUGACCAUAUACAUCAUCCAAAUGGUUAAGAAAAUGUUUUAUCUUGUUAAGAAAAUAUUUUACAAGAGUGCUAUGCUUUAUUAUUCACUGUGUGUUGUAGAAAUGCAUUUUCACUGCAACAACAAACUCAUCUUCCUACAAACUCGGGUUUGUUACAUGGAUUUUCGUUUGGCUUUGGGCUUGAUAUUGUAUCAUAAAUCCACUUAUAUCUUUCUAUCCACUAAUGUCAGUUUUAGACUCCACCUAGGGAAUGCAUAGCUAAUCCAAUCCUUUCCACAUUUUUGACAUUUCUAAUCAUAUUCAUCCCAGUUUCUCUGCCCAUCGAUUAUGAUUGUCUUUGCACAUGAUUAGAAUUCUGCAGUCCAACAUUCUUUGAUUGUAAUUCAGUAAAAGUUUACCUUCUAGGACCUAUUCGAAUCAAAUAUACCAGCCAAUAAGAGUGAUAUAGAUAAUAAGGCAGCAAGAAUAAGAAUAACCUUGGCAGGAAAAGCUGUUAACAAAGGUUGAACAUUUACAGAUCAAUAGAAAGGGGGUGGAAGAGUCGGUUAGGGCCUAUUUGUGUAAAAAGAAUUUAAGCGCUUGUGUGUGAUGCGUUAUUUUACAACCCACAAACUAACCGGCAAGUACAUCGGGUCGUACCAAGUAAUACUUUACGUGAGUAAGGGUCGAUCUUCAGAGUCGAUCCCACCGAGGAUUGAUGGAUCAAGUAACAAUAGCGUUUGAUAGGAUUAGUUAGGCAAGCAGAAAAUGGUUUUGAGAUAUUCAAAGAGCAUUAAACAGUACUUUAAAAAUUUCAGAAUGCAAGCAACAAUGAGUUGGGAAUAAAAUAUUUGAGAAAGCAGUUAAGGUUUCAGAGUUAUCUAUUUUUCGGAUUAACUUUUAUUACUAAUUAAUUUAAUCAUGCAAGAUUUAAUUUCAUGGCAAACUAUAUGUGACUAGACCUUAAUUCCUUAGACCUUCCUAGUCUCCUCUAAAAUUCAUUAACUGCCAAUUCCUUGGUCAAUUAAUUCCAAUUAGAGGGUGAUGAUCAAUUUCUAGUUUAUAUGCCAAAAGAAUCCUAAUUAUCCAAAAAUAAGGGGAUUAUAUGUCACGUAUCCCAUUAAAUACAAACAAUUAGAAAUUCAGUAUAAUAUGUUUUCAAGCUGUUGUUCAAGUAAAGAGCUUUUUCAAGUUUUACAAGAACUCAAUUAGAACAUGGGUCAUACUUCCGUUCCACCCAUAUUCAUAGAAUAAAGAAUGAAAACAAUUAUUGAAAUAUAAAUCUAAACAUGAGUUAAAUUAAAAAGAUCAAACGAAUUAAUUCAUGAAAAUAGACAGAGCUCCUAACCUUAACAAUGAAGGAUUAGUUGCUCAUGGUUCAGAGAGAAAAAAAUAAGGGUUCUGGUAACAAUGUACUGUGUUUUUUUCUGAUGGCAUUUAAAUUCCUAUUUAUAACUAAUCCUAAUAAAUUUAAAAUCUAAUUAUCUAAAAUUAAAAAUAAUAUCUUUUCCUGAAAAUAAGAUUUGAAUUUAAAUUCAAAUUAAUUAACAAGUAUUCAGCUGAUGGGUGGGGACCACUUGAUUUGUCCAUUCUGCAGCUUUUAAUCUGUGUUUUCUGCGCUGAAAACUGGGUCAAAACAGCCUAGAAAUUGCUCUCCAGCAUUUUCUGGGCUUUUCUGCACGUGGCGCAUGUCACGCGUACGCAUCGAUGGUCUUUUCUGCGAGUCACGCGGACGCGUCGGUCACGCGGACGCGUCGCUGAGCAAAUCUUCAAUUCACGCGUACGCGUCAGUCACGCGUACGCGUCGCCAUGGAUACUUCCAGAUCACGCGUCGCUUCUCGCAGCCAUCUCCUUUGAUUCUUGUGCUGCAGAAACUCCAUCAAGUCUAGCCGAAUGCUACCUAAAAUAAAUAGUAUUGCACAAAACUCAAAAUAGCAUCCAUUGUGGCUAAAAUAUAAUUAAUUCUUGAUUAAACUCAACAAAUUAGAUGCAAAUUCAUUAGGAAAAGAUAGAAAAAAUGCUCACGCAUCAGUGUGUAAAGAACUAAAUUUGCAACUGAGUUCUUUUGUGUUUGGAUAUGCAGUGACAGCCGCUUCUUUUUAGUGUUUUAAAUACUUCUUAAGAAGCUAAAUAUUCUACUACUAAAAAAUCACUAGAAGAGUUUUUGGGAGGGUUAAGAUGUAUAAUCGAACAUGGAAAAAUGUUAGAAAUGUGAAUUUUAACUUUUAAGUUAUAACAACUAUUGAAUGUAUAGCUAGCUGAACAACGUAAGUCUUAGACUUAGUCAAUACCAAAACUAGUUUUUGAUCACUAAGAUGUUGGAUUAUUUUAAUAUAUUAUUCAUAUGUGAAUCUAUGCUGACGUCACCUAGUGGGAUAAGACUUUGUUGUUGUUGUAUUCAUAUGUGGAUCUACCUGAGGUUAUAUGCAAUCUUUUGUCAUAGUCU